AUGACGGCGGURUCCCCGGAGGAGAGCCACCCGCGGGCCCAGCGCCACUGGCGCUUCUGGCGGACGCACUGGAAGCUCCUGGGCGUCUUCGAGAUCAACCCCGAGCACGAGUUCUACCCGCUGACGUGCCGGCUGCGCGCGGGGCUCCGCGCCGCCACCCAGGCGGCCAUCGACCUCCCGCCGCCGGACGUCCCCACUGACCGCGACUGCGCCCAGGUGCUCAAGCAGCCCCACGAGGACUUCGAGCUGCGCACGUACGCGGCGCCCACCUUCGCCCGCCUGCGCCGCUCGCUGGGCCUCUCUGAGGAGGACUACCAGGCGUCGCUGUCCUCCCGCGGGCCCUACCUCCAGUUCAUCAGCAACUCCAAGAGCUCGGCUGACUUCUUCCUCACACACGACAAGCGCUUCUUCCUGAAGACGCAGAGCAAGCGGGAGAUCCGGUUCCUCCUCUCCAACCUGCCCCGGUACCUGCGGCACCUCGAGAGAUACCCCCACUCGCUCCUGGUCCGCUUCCUGGGGGUUCACAGCAUCAUCCUGCCCCGACAGAGGAAGAAAUACUUCAUCAUCAUGCAGAGCGUCUUCUACCCUGACGAGAGGAUCCGGGAACGGUACGACAUCAAGGGCUGCCACGUGAACCGCUGGGCCGAGCCGGCCCCCGAGGGCAGCCCGGCCUUCUUGGUGCUCAAGGACUGCAACUUCGAGGGCAAAACCAUCUCGCUGGGCUCCCAGCGGUCCUGGCUGCUGCAGCAGCUGGAGCUGGACAGCCGCUUCCUGGAGGAGCUGCGGGUGCUGGACUACAGCCUGCUGCUGGCCCUGCAGCCGCUGCACGCCGACGAGAGGCUCCCGAGCAGCCUCUCCCUGGCCAGCGUCGUGGCGCGCGCCGCCCAGUAGCUGCACAGCCCGGAGGACGCGGACGCUGCGCCGGAGCCGGGCGCCCACGCGCUGGCCCAGCACCGGCGCCUGCUGCCGGCCAGCAGGAACCCGCUGCACGUGCUGGACGGGCCGCAGCUGCGCUACUUCGUGGGCAUCAUCGACCUCUUCACCGUCUACAACUGCCGCAAGCGGCUCGAGCACCUCUGGAAGAGCAUCCGCUACCCGGGCCAGGCCUUCUCCACCGUGUGCCCCACCGAGUACGCYCGCCGGCUCUGCCGCUGGGUGGAAACGCACACGCUGUGA